UCCCAACACGAGAACAAACUUUGUGUGCCCGUAUGCGCCUGUGGCAGUGUGCGCAGAGUACAUUUCAAAGUGUAUGUUAUUCGACUCUGACGAAGUCGCGCGAACGGAUCGGCAACGUUAUAAGACGGUGAACCAGCACUCAGCAGUCCAUCAGUCCAUGGAUGACAGUCGAGGGUCUUCCUCAAUCCGUGACAGCGUGCGAAGCCUUACGAUAUCUCUUACCAUUUCUCUACGAGAUGAACAGAACCUUUCGUUACUAUUUCAAGUUCCUCCUCUAUUACGGAUAUGUGAUGGUCAAUUCGAUCACGUUGCUCCCACUCAUGGUGUUACGUCCACGGAACGUAAAGAACUUUGUAUUAGCAUCGUCUGUAUGUUCCUGUCUUACUAAUUUCUUGGGAGUACGUUGGGAACUCAGAGGAAGAGAGCAUUUAGAACAAGAUAGAGCAUGUAUAAUAGUAUCAAAUCAUCAGAGUUCUUUGGAUAUAAUGGGACUGUUUCAAAUAUGGCCAGUAAUGGUGAAAUGUACAGUUAUAGCAAAAAAGGAGCUUUUUUAUGCAUGGCCAUUCGGUUUAGCUGCUUGGCUUUGUGGCUUGAUAUUUAUAGAUAGAAUGAACUCUGAGAAAGCCCGUAUGGUCAUGAAUACUGCCACAAGCCACAUCAAAGAUAACAAGAUUAAGUUAUGGAUUUUCCCUGAAGGCACCAGGUAUAAUACUGGUGAAAUUCAUCCUUUUAAGAAGGGUGCUUUUCACGUUGCCAUUUCUUCUCAGUUACCUAUAUUGCCAGUUGUGUUUUCAUCUUAUUACUUUUUAUCCUCGAAAGAGAAAAGGUUCGACUCAGGUCGAGUUAUUAUAACGACGUUACCACCGAUAUCUACAGAAGGUUUAAGUACAGACCAUAUUGAGCAUUUAAUUCAGAAAACGCAAAGCGCUAUGACGGAUGUUUUUCAAACAACAAGUCGUGAAGUGCAACUUUCCAAUACUUCUUACAAUGAAGCUGUGGCAUCUUAGAAUGAAACUAUCAUUCCAUGGCAAUUUGAGUAACAGUGCUAUCAUUUGAAACUCAAUGGUAACUGAGUCUCAUCUUGGAAACCAAAGACUAUUUUUCUAUGCUCUAAGUUCUCUUAAAAGAUUACAAUUUUGCUUUUAUAUUGUUAUCAAGUAUUCAUUGCAUAUUGAAAAUAUAUGCAAGGAUUACUUGGGUGAACUUUGUAUAGCAAUUGCUUCCCUAUUCUCAUACUCAUAACUGGUUUAUAUUUUUACUCCAUUUAUAUACAUAUAUACAUGCGUGUUCCAUAACUAGUUUAUAUUUUUAUUCCAUUUAUAAAUGAGUUUCCAAAACUGGUUUCAUUUAAGUUACAUUUUUCUUGAUUGUUAGUUUAAUUCUUUAAAUUUUACUAGAUCGAAAUACGAUAACGGCAUGUAAAUCGCAAUGAAGCUUAUUUAUACGAAUUAUGCGAAUUUUAUACACAUACAAAUAUAAUGUUAUAAUUUUUUCUUUCAA